AUGCACCAUACCGAGCCACGACCUGCGGCUGGAGCCGGCGAUCAUGAUCAUACUUCCCGGCAUGAUGAGUAUGAGGUUGUCGAGGUCGAGGACGGACAGGCUGGAGUGGAAGAGGCCCCCAAAGGCACUUUCUCACGCCCGUCUCUGCCUCGUCUGAACUCUCAGUCGCGGACAGCUUCUUCGCCGGCGCAUUUCUAUGAAACCGCUCCUCCGCAGUAUCCUCAUCGACAGGUUAGCUACACGAGCACCCCACAACCGGAGCAGGGCGGGCCUGUCCACCUGCAGGGCUCGCGGGAAAUACCUAUCCCAAUGAGACCAUCGUCGACACAAUAUCAAACGGGUCCCGAGGUAUCAACGCCGCCGACAACCGAGACCACAGACAAUGGCACAGACGAUGGCCCGCAAGAUGCCAAAUCAUCGUCGCAAGGCACCCCGAAGCCACAAGAGAAGAAUGCUCCGAUCGCGAUCCCCAAGGUCACGCCUCUGUCUUCAGACCUUAGGUUGCCCCCAAACCUUGCCGAGCUAGCACAAGGUCUGGAUGGCAAGUAUGUCGACGAGUUUGGAAACAUUCUGGACUGGAACGGUCAGGUGCUUGGACGUGUCGAAGGUGAUCUGCCGUCUAUGAUCGGACGGCCAGUUUCAGUAACGGGCGAGAUCUUCAGCGAAGACGGUGAGGUGGUCGGAUACGUAGCGGAGAACGAUACCAUUCCACCAACACCUCCGUCGCCAAAGCCCAUUGAAGGCAUGGGCGACGGACUAAAGGUAGACCACAUGGGCAACAUCCUCGACAAGAAUAACAAUGUCGUUGGUCACUUUGAUGGCGCGCCUCUGGCCAAGUCUGUUCAACAGACUGGCCAGACGAGUAGCUCGGGAGGCCAGUCCGGCAGUCCUCGACCUGGUUACAUGCCCGACACACACACAAGCUGUCCUCAGUGUACUGCCCAUAGGCAGUCUAAGCCAUCAGCUUCAACUCCCAGCCCGUCCGAGAUAUUCAUGGACGUCAAGUCAACCAAUGAUGGUAUUCAGCUCAUCAUCAAGAUCCCAACAGUAUUUCACGGUGGUGGGAAUCCCAAUAUCCAUAUAGGAACCAGAUGA